AAGCACUUGAAUUUUACGAAAAAGCACAUAAUAUCUUCGAAAAAGCUCUACCUCCGAAUCAUCCCUCAUUGGCUACUUCCUACAACAACAUUGGUCUUGCAUAUAACAAUAUGGGUGACUACUCGAAAGCACUUGAAUUUUACGAAAAAGCACAUAAAAUAAAAGAAAAAGCUCUACCUCCGAACCAUCCCGAUUUGGCUAUCUCCUACAACAACAUUGGUCAAGUGUAUAACAACAUGGGUGACUACUCGAAAACACUUGAAUUUUACGAAAAAGCACAUCAAAUCUUCGAAAAAGCUCUACCUCCGAAUCAUCCCCAUUUGGCUAUUUCCUACAGCAGCAUUGGUAAAGUGUAUAACAACAUGGGUGACUACGCAAAAGCACUUGAAUUUUACGAAAAAGAUCUCGAAAUCACGAAAAAAGCCCUGCCUCCGAAUCAUCCCGAUUUGGCUACUUCCUACAACAAUAUCGGUCAAGUGUAUAACAACAUGGGUGACUACGCAAAAGCACUUGAAUUUUACGAAAAAGCAUUUAAAAUUAGAGAAAAAGCUCUGCCUUCGAAUCAUCCCUCAUUGGCUAUUUCCUACAGUAACAUCGGUCAAGUAUAUAACAACAUGGGUGACUACUCGAGAGCACUUGAAUUUUACGAAAAAGCACAUAAAAUAAAAGAAAAAGCUCUACCUCCGAAUCAUCCCCAUUUGUCUAGUAGUCACUUGAAUUUUGCAGCAUGUUACGAAAGAAUGGGUGAUUACGCAGCAGCUCUUAAGGCUCUUCAAAGUGCUUUUCAAAUUCAACAAAAAACAUUCCAAGAAGGUAAUCCGGCUUUUGCCUUUAUAUAUAGUUGGUUCGGAAGAGUUUAUCGCAGUAUGGACGAUUACCCGAGGGCACUUGAAUAUUUUGAAAAGUGUUUAGCGAUAAAUCUAAAAACAUUACCUGAAAGACAUCCAGAUCAGGCUAUUACAUACAGUAAUAUUGGUAAUAUGCAUCAAUUAAUGGGAGAUUAUGAAAAGGCACUUUCAUUUCAUCGAAAAGCAUUAAAUAUUCAAGAAAAUGUUCAAGGUAAUCCUUUGGAAUGUGCAACGAUAUAUACAAAUUUAGGUGAAACUUAUCGAGAAAUGAAGGACUAUUCAGCGGCACUGACAUAUUUUCAAAAAGGGUUAGAAAUACGUCAGAAGAAGUUACCAAAAAAUCAUCCUGAUUUAGCUGUAAUUUAUCAUAAUAUGGCAAAAUUAUACUUAUCUACUCGACAAUAUAGUAUGGCAAUGAAAAAUGUUCAACAAGCGAUAGAAAUAGCUCAAGAAAGAUUAUCUUCAACUCAUCCUCACCUUUUGGAAUAUAAAGAAACAUUUGAAAAAAUUCGAAAGAAAAUCUAA